CAAGUCGUCGCUGGGAAAUUCUCUCUUCCAAGAGAGCUAAUUACAAAUACAUUGAGACUAUUAUUAGUAAUUACAAGGUAGCCAGCGUUCUGCAGGGGAAAGUGGUGUGGGACAUGCACGUGCCUCCUCUGGGCUGAGCCCAUCACGUGCCCCCGAGGAGGGUCCAAGGUCCAGCCGGGCAGGGGCUGUGGAGGUGAGGGCUGGCAGCCUGCUGCAAAAUGAAGCACCUGUUCUUUCUCCUGGGUGUCUUGCAGCUCCUUGCUGCCACUGCUGCCGUGUACAAGCAAUGGAUCCCCAACACCAGUUUCGAAACUGCCUCCAACUGGGAUAAAGGCAGAGUCCCCUGUGCCAGUGAUGUGGUUCAUUUUGAGAAGAACAAGGUCAUCUCAGUCUUUGUCAGGUCUCCCCACGUGUUGACAGACAUGUACCUGCCCCUGAACGGAGAAUACGUGCUGGCAUCUGGCGCAGGAUUUGCAGCUUUUGAUGGCAGCUGGGAUCCAGGCUGUGACUCAGGUGUAACAGUGAGGUUUGUCAACGCCGAGGACCACGCGUGGUUUGACCCCACACUGUGGCAGGUUGUGUCUCCCGGCAGGGAGCUCGAGCCAAGCGGACGUAUUUUUUCCGUGGAUGAGGAACGUGUCCCAUGCCACUAUGAUGAUGUUAUCUUCCAGCCCCAAACAUCCUUCCGGGUAAACAUCGACUCAUCACAGCAAGUGAUUCAUCUCCGCAGUAUCUCUCUCAUGGGCCAGGAGUUCAGCAGCCCCGAGGCCUGGGCUGAGUACCUGAGGGGCCCCUCUGCCCCGCUGCAGUUUCAUGGCAAUGGCACCCUCCAGGUGACGGGCACCGGCUGUCCCGACAAGUCCGGCUGUGUCUGCGGGAACACCCUGGAUGGCCACCGCAUCUGCACAGCCCUGCUCAGGGCAUCAGGCAGGCAGUGCCCAGCGCUGACAUGCCAGAGCCCUUUGCAGCCCCUUGGCCACUGCUGUGGGGUCUGUGGAGCUACUGUUAGCCUGGAUUUCACUCCUGAUUUUGACUUGCAGAAGUAUCGGGACAGAUUGGUCCAAACCUUGCUGAACGAGCCCAAGUACGCCGGUGUGCAGAUGGCCAUAUCCAAGGUGCACAAAGCGCAGACCUUCCUGGGACUCAUACCCCGAAGCUCCACUCCCCUCAUCCAAAUCGUGCUGAUCGAUGACAGGGAGGGAGCACAGACUGGUGCUGCUGCGGCGCAGCUGGCAGCAGAUGUCAUGGAGGACGUAGCACAGCACGGUGAAGCACUUGGCAUUUCAAAUGGGAAAAUGGAGGUGGCCACUGGCAGCACUUUCAGCGGACAAGUGGAGAGCCAUGAUUUGAGCAGGACCACAGCAGGGACUGUCUUUGGGCUGCUCUUCGGUCUCCUGUUGCUUGGAGGGAUCCUCUUUCUCUACAAAAAGGGAAAGCUAAGGUCUCUCCCCAGGCUGCUCACCCUGCACAUCCCCCGGCCCUGGGACAGAGCGGAGGACCUAGCGUCCCCUGAGCCAGCUGGUGACAAAGGCUUCGACAACCCCAUGUUCGACGUGGAGCCACCAAGUGCUGACCCUGGAGAGGAGAUGCCACAGGAGAUGGCUCCCAAAGACUACCAGGUCUUCUACAUCAACCCUCUGUACGAUGCAAGCGAGACGGAGACCUGACUGCAUGGCCUCGUGCCAGAGGCAGCCACCUCCCUGGGGACAUCGCUGUCUUUCCGGCCCUCACAGUCCCUCUCAUCACUCCUGGUAGGAUCUAAAUCGCAGUCAAGCAGAUCCUACCUGAAUAAAAGUGUCCACGUGGUGAAGGAAACCACAGCAAACCUU